ACGGGCUUCACCACCGCCACGCCCUCAAUCUCGACUCCACUCGCCCAUUGAGGCUUCCCCCGGGCACGACAGCGAGCCUCCCCCAUCAUGCCUGCAACCAUCGCGCGUCUGGCCGGCCACGCCGCGAAGCGAGUGUGCCUGAACGCCGCCCGCCCGCAGCUGCGCGGCCAGCUCCCUGCCCGCCCGACACGGCCGACUGCGCGCCCGCUGUCGACGACGCUCGCCCGCCGCUAUGCCGAGGUCGACGGCAGCCAGCGCACGCGCAUGGUGCCCACCACCGAGGACUUUAGUCGCCCCAUUGAGCCCGAGGACGCCGACGAGCUGGCCGCGCUGGAGGCCGAGGCCGAGGACAGCGACGUCCACAGCGCCCGCAAGAUCCGCCACUACACGGUCAACUUUGGGCCCCAGCACCCCGCCGCCCACGGCGUGCUGCGUCUGAUCCUGGAGCUCAACGGCGAGGAGAUUGUGCGCGCCGACCCCCACGUGGGCCUGCUGCACCGCGGCACCGAGAAGCUCAUCGAGUACCGCACCUAUCUGCAGGCCCUGCCGUACUUUGACCGCCUCGACUACGUCUCCAUGAUGACCAACGAGCAGUGCUUCUCCCUCGCCGUGGAGAAGCUGCUGAACAUUGACAUCCCCAUCCGUGCCAAGUACAUCCGCACGCUGUUCGGCGAGAUCACCCGCAUCCUGAACCAUCUCAUGUCCGUCCUGUCCCAUGCCAUGGACGUUGGUGCGCUGACGCCGUUCCUGUGGGGCUUCGAGGAGCGCGAGAAGCUCAUGGAAUUCUACGAGCGUGUCUCUGGCGCCCGUCUGCACGCCGCCUACGUCCGCCCCGGCGGCGUGUCGCAGGAUCUGCCCAUUGGCCUGCUCGACGACAUCUACCAGUGGGCCACUCAGUUUGGUGACCGCAUCGACGAGACGGAGGAGAUGCUGACCGACAACCGCAUCUGGAUUGGCCGCACCAAGGGUGUUGGCAUCGUCUCUGCCGCCGAUGCCAUCAACUACUCCUUCUCCGGUGUCAUGCUCCGAGGGUCCGGUGUCCCCUGGGACAUCCGCAAGUCGCAGCCAUACGACGCAUACGACAGGGUCGACUUCGACGUCCCCGUCGGUGUCAAUGGCGACUGCUACGACCGCUACCUCUGCCGCAUGGAGGAGUUCCGCCAGUCGCUCCGCAUCAUCCACCAGUGCUUGAACGACAUGCCCGCCGGCCCCAUCAAGGUCGAGGACUACAAGAUCGCACCCCCUCCCCGUGCCGCCAUGAAGGAGAACAUGGAGGCCCUCAUCCACCACUUCUUGCUCUUCAGCAAGGGCUACACGGUACCACCUGGCGAGACAUACAGCGCCAUCGAGGCACCCAAGGGCGAGAUGGGUGUCUUCCUUGUCUCGGACGGCAGCGAGAGGCCAUACAGGUGCAAGAUCAGGGCGCCCGGUUUCGCACACUUGGCCUGCAUGGACCAGAUCUCCAGAGGGCAUCUGUUGGCCGACGCGGUCGCCAUUAUUGGAACUAUGGAUCUGGUCUUCGGAGAAGUCGACAGGUAGAGAAUCAAGACGGAAGAAAACGAAUUGCGCUAGCUUGAGAUACCAGGCGGCUGACUGUACAUACUGUACCCCUACUUUUUUUUUGAAAGUCAAUCGACGUUUUGCACGCUCACAUUGUCUGCGCUUUGACAGCUGCCCUGUGGUCAUUCGGUGUCGCAUAACAUGAAGGCUUAUCAGACUCCACGCAGC